CUGAUAACACACAGAAACUUGCAGCCUGUGCGCGUGUGUGAAGGUCUCACACGACCCAGUACGUCUAUUAUAAGUCCGAGGGCUUUGAGGACACCGUAAAUUCUACCAACAGCGAAUUAUGGGUCCCAAGAAAGGCCGCCGGAAUCUGAAACGACUAAAGACAACAGAGGUAGCAGAGAGAGCCAAGGAACCUCCAGACCCCCAGGACAACUCAGAGCCUGGUGCCUUUGUCCCCUUCUCUGGAGCAGGACACAGUCUUGGAGAGGGAUGUGGACUCAGGAGGCUCCCAGUAGACGGGAGGAAGUGCAAUGUGAAACCAGCUGCUGGUUAUCUCCUGUUCCCAGAGCCCCAGACCAAAUGGCCGCCCGUCAGUGAGGGCAUACAGGAGUCAAAGAAUGUAAAACAUUUGAAAUCUGACACAAAGCAGACUGAAUUUCUGGAGCCAGUGGACCGGAAGAUGCUGGUCUAUCACAUGGACGCCCGAGCCGAGCCAAGCACAGAUGUCAAUGAGGAGGACCUCCCGGAGGACUUCUUUCAGGUGACCUCAGAGGACGUCAAGAAACGUUACGCUCAGCUCCAAACAGACAGGAGGGAACUGGAGGAGGCCCCACUACUCACCUCAGCACUGAGAGAGGAUCACAUGAUCAGGCAGAUGCAGCGCCACCCAAAGGUGGUUAUCAGGAUUUGCUUUCCUGACAGGCACGUGUUGCAGGGAGUCUUUCGUCCAUUGGAGACAGUUGGCAACUUGAAGCAGUUUGUAAGGAAUCAUCUCAUUGACCCUCAGCUCCAGUUCUGCCUCUACGGGGCUCCCAGGGGCAUGAGGAUGGAGGACCCCAGAGAGACUCUCUAUGAGGCAAAUCUGUUCCCGAAUGCUCUGCUCUACUUCUCCUCUGGUCCAGAAACAGGUUGUUUCCUGCAUCCACGCUACUUGAGUGCCACAGGCUCAGUUGCACAGGCAGAUGCAGCUGUUCAAAGCUGCGAGCCGAGGUCACACACCUCAUCACACACCUCACUUGUUCCGGAAGGGUCUUUUCCGCUCCCCGUGGCUCCAGAGGCAUUGACCAAUCAGCAGAGGGCAGCGGCAGACAGCUGGAGGUCUCAGAAGAGUUUGUCUCCCCCCACACGCCAGCGUUCAGACUCCCCUACAGGGACGCUCCCCAGGCCAGUGGGCACAGCGGACCGCCGCAUACCCAAGUGGCUCAAGCUGCCAGGAAAAAAAUGAAGAUUUGUUCUGAAGAAAAGUGGCUUUCUCUGCAAGAGUGGAACACGCUCUUCUUAGCAGGAAUCAAACAAGAACACUUUUGGUUCUUUCUCCCCCUCACACAAAAUUUGCUUUAAACUGCCUGGAAGGAUCUGGAGGCCAUACAAAUUGAUCAUACUAUAUUAUUUUAACUGGUUUCAAAACCCAUCAUAGUGCAUAGAUUUGUAGGUAUUUAUGUAUUUAUGUUUUGUCACUAUUUGUGAGUUGUAAGCUACAGGAUGUCUUAAAUUUCCCUCAGGAUAAAUAAAGUAUCUAUCUAUCUAAA